UUUUUGUGUCAAUCAUACUUAAUUGUAUCGCAGAUUUUUGUCAGAUAAACCAGUUUACUCAAAUAAGGUCAAAUUGUCACUAAUCAGUUUUCACAACACGUUGUCUCCUUCCGGAAACGAGAAGAAUGAUUGGUUUUGUAUUACCACUGCUCUUCGUGCUCUUCUGGUCUUGUAAGGCAGCAACAUAUGAUGGAAAACUUCGCAACGCUUCAGACGGAACUAUGGAGGCGUACAUGAUACCUCAUUUUAAAUCAAGCCACGCCUCCUUCAUUGAACCGUCUCCUAAUGGUGAUUUGGUCAUGGCAUGGUUUAGCGGUAGUGCUGAAGGGGAAAGUGAUGUUGCGAUUGUUGUAAGCCGCUUGCCAAAUGGGACCGACCAGUGGACCAGUCCAAUUGUUGUUUCACAAAGGAAGGGAUACUCUAAUCAAAAUCCAGUUUUGUUCUUUGACAACCAAACAAAUAUUUUGUACCUCUUCCAUACCCAGCAAGAUGCAAAGAAAGUCGGUGAUACUGGACUAAAUGGAGAAGAUUCGGCAACCAUCUGGGAGCUACAAUCUACAAAUAAUGGCAUGAAUUGGACAUCUCCUAAAAUCAUGUUUGCAAAAGCAGGGUCAUUUGACCGGAACCGUAUAGUUAUAUCCCUGAAAAACACCUGGCUGUACCCUAUAUAUUAUGCUGGUGGAUCCCGGAAAGACACGUCAUACAUAAAAGAAAGUGUCUCGCAUAAACCAUUCGACACGUGGUUAGAACAUUCUUUCACCGACUCUGACCAUCUUGUACAGCCUACCGUCGUGCGUCCAGUGAAAAAUUCAACAAGGCUUGUAUCGUUUUUCCGUGACAGACGUGCCGAGCAUAUUUAUCGUGCAGUCAGUCUGACAGACGGGGUCACGUGGACAAAACCGUCUAAAACAACAUUACCGAACAAUAACAGCGGGAUAGAGGCAACCACUCUACAGUCAGGCCACAUUGCUAUUGUUUACAACCCUACAAAUAAAGAGAGGAAUCCGAUCGUGAUAUCAGUCUCAAUGGAUGAAGGACUAACCUGGGCACACACGAGACCCCUAGAUCACGAAACCGGCUUUAAUGGUAUAGAGCUCAGUUAUCCCACUGUAUUUCAAGAUUCACAAGGGAGAAUUCACAUCUCAUAUACAUAUAACAGGGAAACAAUUAAACACAAAAUUCUUCCGAACGAAGCUUGGAUUUCUCAAAGACAUGAUUAAAAUCAUUAAACGAUGUCAUAUGUGUCUGUUAGAUUUCAUUCAAAUAGAAGAUUAAACAUGUU